CUCUCCACGAGCAGAAGAAAUCACAAUCCCAGCUGAUGUUACUCCAGAAAGGGUGCCAACUCAUAUCGUGGAUUAUUCAGAAGCUGAACAAACUGAUGAGCAGCUCUAUCAUGAAAUAUCGCAGGCGAAUGUAAUUUGCAUAAUAUAUGCUGUUAACAACAAGAACUCAAUUGAUAAGGUGACAAGCCGAUGGAUACCUCUCAUUAGUGAAAGAACGGACAAGGAUAGCAGACUGCCUCUUAUACUGGUUGGGAAUAAAUCCGAUCUGGUGGAAUACAGCAGUAUGGAAACCAUCCUUCCCAUCAUGAACCAAUACACUGAGAUAGAAACUUGUGUAGAGUGCUCAGCCAAGAAUUUGAAGAAUAUUUCUGAGCUCUUCUAUUAUGCACAGAAAGCUGUUCUGCAUCCUACAGGGCCCCUGUAUUGUCCAGAAGAAAAAGAGAUGAAACCUGCCUGUAUAAAAGCUUUAACACGGAUCUUCAGAAUUUCGGAUCAAGAUAACGAUGGCACCCUUAACGAUGCGGAACUCAACUUCUUUCAGCGAAUCUGUUUCAACACACCACUAGCACCUCAGGCUCUAGAAGAUGUCAAGAAUGUAGUCCGGAAGAAUCUUAGCGAUGGAGUUGCCGAUAAUGGUUUAACAUUAAAAGGCUUUCUUUUUCUACACACACUUUUUAUUCAGCGCGGGAGACAUGAAACAACGUGGACAGUAUUGCGUCGUUUUGGCUACGACGAUGACCUAGAGCUCACUCCGGAGUAUUUAUUUCCUGUGUUAAAAAUACCUUCCGACUGCACGACAGAAUUGAAUCACCAUGCGUAUCUAUUUCUGCAAAGCAUUUUCGAUAAGCAUGAUUUGGAUCGUGACUGUGCUUUGUCUCCUGACGAGCUCAAAGAUUUGUUCAAAAUUUUCCCUUACAUACCAUGGGGACCUGAUGUUAACAACACUGUUUGUACAAACGAAAGGGGCUGGAUAACAUAUCAGGGAUUUCUGUCUCAGUGGACAUUAACUACGUACUUGGAUGUUCAGCGCUGCCUCGAGUACCUGGGCUAUUUAGGAUAUUCAAUAUUAACCGAACAGGAAUCUCAGGCAUCGGCAGUUACAGUGACUAGAGACAAGAAGAUUGACCUACAGAAAAAACAGACACAGAGGAACGUGUUCAGGUGUAAUCUGAUAGGGAUGAAAGGCUCUGGGAAAAGUGGGGUUCUCCAGGCACUACUUGGAAGAAACCUAAUGAGACAGAAGCACAUACGACCAGAUCACAAAUCUUAUUAUGCAAUUAAUACAGUCUACGUAUACGGCCAAGAAAAAUAUUUACUGUUGCAUAACGUGUGCGAAUCUGACUUCUUGUGUGAUGCUGACAUUGUAUGUGAUGCUGUGUGCCUUGUGUAUGAUGUCAGCAAUCCCAAGUCCUUUGAAUACUGUGCCAGGAUGUUUAAGCAACACUUCAUGGACAGCCGAAUACCUUGCUUAGUGAUAGCUGCCAAGUCAGACCUGCACGAAGUGAGGCAGCAGUAUGGCGUUUCUCCCGCCGACUUCUGCAAAAAACACAAGAUGCCUCCACCGCAAGCCUUUUCUUGUAACACUGUUGACGCACCCAAUAAGGACAUUUUUGUUAAGCUGACGACGAUGGCCAUGUAUCCCCAUGCCCGGUUACGCUGUAUGUGCACCUGCAACAGGUGUACGUUUUGCAUCUGUCAGAAUCUCCUCAACUCAGACUUGCUGCAAACUGUAAAGAACAAACUCUUCACUGCAAUUCUUAACAGGUUGAGAGCCCGUGUAGGCGAGUUGGGUGCCAUCCUGUUACCAGACGAGGAGAGCAGUAUUGUUCACCAGGUGCACGCCAUCAGCGCUGUAGAAGAUUCCAUCUUCAUGGAGUCAUCCCUCGAUCCGCAGUUCCUUGAAGACAGGCACGUGACGCAAGCAGACCUCAAGAGCUCUACCUUUUGGCUUCGUGCAAGUUUCGGUGCUACAGUUUUCGCUGUUUUGGGCUUCGCCAUGUACAAAGCACUACUAAAGCAGCGAUGAUCUGGAAGGAAGCACGUUGUGCGGGGGGGGGAGUGGAAUACCUUAAAGUGGGGCGGUGGGAGAGAGAAACUUUUAUGUACAUUCUAAAUCUGCUAGAAAUAUUUAUAUAUGCGAGUUACUUUAUUCUUUGUAAUUCAUGGAUAAGAUGGUUUUAAAUGAUGGUUCUAACUUGCAGUAUUGCAUAGGUCACAGAAAGGGAGGGGUUUUUUUUUUGCAUUACAGUGGCUAACAGAACAAAACAAACAGCUAAAUUUGGAAGGCCAAAAGGGAAUUACUGUAAAUAUCAUUUGUAUAUAACAAGGCAGUGAGAUGGUUAUGAGAUAUGCCAUUCUUUGACAUUUCGAAUGGAGCAAGAGUUUAUUUUCACCAAAGUUUACGUCCAGGAUCACCAGGUGGUUAUUUAUUUCACAGGCAUCCAAAGUCCUCGUGGCUCCUUUUUCUCUUUUAGUUGCAAACUUACCCACGAUCGGAUUUCAGUGAAGUGUUUUACUGUGGCAGGCUUGACUUAGAUUGAUGCUUCUGUGUCCUGCGUUGUACAGCUGAAUGUGCCAUAAGGCAAAGAAAACAGGGUGGGCGGAAGGGACGGGGCAUCCCCUUGGAUUUAACAGAAACAAAUCUUGUCAAGCAGCUUGCCGGCAUCUGUUGCCGGGAGCCAUCUGUGAUCGUUUUCCCCUCUUUUGUGUUUUCGGAGCCCUUUCAGAUCCCGUGGGCCGUGGAUUUGUAUAUUACAACUGUUUAUAAUUCACAAAAGCGUGUUUUCAUCCCCGCACUUCUACAAAGUUGUUCUCCUGAAAGCUGUGUGAAACCGAAACCAUACGCAGCGCUUUACUCUUCUGGUGGUAGAUUAGUUGCAUGGUUUUGCACCCCAUCAUAUACCCCGCUGGGAUUAUCUGUAGAUGGCAUUUAAAAAAAAAAGAGGAAGAGGAGGAUCAAGGAACGGUUACAAAUGGAUUUCCCUCCUGUCAACCUUAUUUUUUUCUCCAUCACUGGCCUUUUCAGGUAUUUCAAUAAAAUAAUUGUAACGUG